AUGGAAAAAGAGAUACUUCUGUCUUUAGCUCAUAAUGCUAAUGCACAGAUAAAAAAUGAAAUAUCAGAAUUAAAUGAUGAAAUAUUUUUUUUGAAUACAAAAUUAAAUAUAAAUAAAAAUAAUAAACUAUCCAACAUUGUAAAAACAAGAUGUAAUAAAAGAAAAGAAAAAAAAUCGGAAGAGUUAAAUAAUUUUUUUUUUAAAUAUGUAAUGUUUUUAUUAUCUAACAAAAGUAAUGACAAUAUAGAAGACAUAGAAGAGACCCAUUUUUAUAACAUGAUACAAAAAAGUGGAGAAAAAAGUGUAGAAAAAAGUGUGGAAAAAAGUGGAGAAAAAAGUGAAGAAAAGAGUGAAGACAAAAGUGGAGAUGAACACUUUUUAAAAUGUAUGUAUGAAAAAAAAGAUGAACUUGAACAAAUUUUAGAUUUAAUUAAAUUGAACGAUCUUGAAAAUUUGAGUAAUAAAAAAUCAGAAGAAAUUUUUUCAAACUUAAUGUUAAAAUUUAAGAAUAUGGAAAAUAUUGUCGAAAAUGAAAAUAUUUUAAAUUGUGGAGGUAUAGAUAAAGAAACGAAUGAAUUAAAUGUAUCCGAAAAUAUGAUACAAAAACUUUUGGAAUAUUUAAUGGAAAAUAUUAGCGACACAAAAUUUAAAACUUGUGAUUUAUCUACUGCACCAUCAACGGUUUCAUUAGUCGAAACGAGUGAAAAAGAAAGUGAUUUCGAAGAAUUUAUAAAAUAUGACAAUAAUAAUAUUCAAACAAAAAUUAGUGAAAUGUAUAAAAAUGGCAAUAAAAAUGGCAAUAUCAGAAAUAGUGUUUAUUACAAUAAAAAGUCCCCAUCAUUUGGUUCUAUCUUUUUAAAAAAAGAUAGUCAAAAUAUAUUAUUAAAUAAAUUUAAUGCAAGUAGAAAAAGUUUCAGUGAGUCACGUCAGAAUACAAAUAAGUCACUCUCAACCAAUGAAGUAUUAAUAAGAAAAAAAGAAAAAAAAGAAAAAGAAAAAAAAGAAAAAGAAAAAAAAAAAGAAAAAGAAAAAAAAGAAAAAAAAAAAAAUGACAGGGGUGGGAGUACACACAGGGUUAAUGUGAAAUUACCAAGUUUGAAGAAACAAACAAAAAAAGGCAUUAUUAAUAAAAUAGGUGAUAAUAAAAUAGGUGACAAUAAAAUAGGUGAUAAUAAAAUAGGUGAUAAUAAAAUAGGUGACAAUAAAAUAGAUGAUAAUAAAAAUUUGAUACAAAUUAACAAAUGUGAAAAUAAUAAAAAUUGUAAUAAUAAAGAAAAGUUAUCUUUAUUGAAUAAAAACAGUCCUAUUAAAUCUGAAAAUAAAAAUAAUAAAAAUAAAAAAAUGAAAGAAGAUAACAUAUCAUUAUCUGAUUCGUCUUUAUCUGAAUCGUCGUUAUCUGAUUCGAAUUCAAUACAUAAUUUAUCAGAAAAUGAAAAAAACGAAAAAAAUGUUGGGUUAAAAAAGUUAUGUUUAAAAAUUAAUAAAGAAGGUAAAGGAAAAUUUAUUGUUAAUAAAAAAAAAGGGAUUAAUUGUUCGAAAUAUAUUUAUGAUUUUGAGAUUGUAUAUGAAAAUAGUGAGACGUCAAAACUAAAUGAAUGCGAAGAAAGUACGAACCAAAAAGGUGGAGACAGAGGCAGAGGCAAACACAUAUUUCACUUAUCGUUUCUUACCAAUGGGAAAAAGGUAUACCAAGUUAACAAUUUAGACAUAGAAAAUUAUAAUAUAAUUAACAAUUUAAAAAAUAUAAAUAAUAGACAGAAUCGCAAAAUAAAUACAAGCGUUUAUCAAAAUAACAAAAUAAAAGAAAGAAAUGAAAAAGAAUCAUCUGAAUCUUUAAAUAGUAGUAAUAAGGAAGAUGAAUAUAAAAAUGAUUUUUCUGAGUUAGAUGUAAAAGAUGUUGGAAAGAUAAAUAUAUGUAAUAAAUAUGAAUCAAAAAAAAUAGAAAAAAAAUAUAGACAAAGAAAAAAAUUAAAUUUAAAAAAAAAAGAAAAUAAUUUUGAAUUUAAAGAAACAAAUAAAAUUAGAGGAUUAUAUAUACAUAUGUUAGAUCGACAAAACCAAUUAGAAAUUGAAAAAGAUUUUUAUAAAAAUGAAUUUGAAAAAUUACAAGAAGAUGUUAAAAAUAAUACAGCACCAAUAAAUGAAUAUUUAAAAGAAGAAAAAUUAAAACAUUUUGAAAGAGAAAAAUUGUUUUAUAAAAAAGAAAAACAAUUUAUUAAAAAAAAAAAUUUAUUAAAAAAAAAAAUGCUAGAAUUAGAAAAUCAAUUAGAAAUAGCAGAAAAAAAAUUAAUUAUGGAAAAAGAAAAAAAUGAAGAUUUAUUUUUAAAAAUACAAGAUGAAAAAAAAGAAAUUGAAAAGAGAGAAAGUGUAAAUGAAUCUAAAAUAAAAAAUUUAAAUUCAGAACUUGAAAAAUUAAAUAAAUCUAUAUUAUUAGAACAAAAAGAAAAAGAUGGUUUAUUAAAUGAAUUAAAUAUAUUAAAAAAUGAAGAUAUUGAAUUUGGAAAUUUUAGAAAAAAUAUUUUAGACAAAAUUAAUAAAACAAAUGGUGAUAUAAAAUAUUUAGCAGAAAUAUUAGAGCUACUAACUAAAGAGUUAGAAAAAAAAAAUAUUCUCCAAAAUUUAAAUCAAAAAAAAAUUAAAGAAUUAGAGGAAAAUUCACAAAAAACAGAAAAUGUUUUAAGAAUAACAAAAGAUAAAUUACUUUUAGAAAAAAAAAAAAAAAAAAAUUUAUUUAAAGAAAUUACACAUCUAAACAGAAAAAAUAAAGAUUUAGGAAAAUGUAUUAAAGAUCUUAUGUUUAGACAAAAUUCUGAAAUUAAUUUUAAAGAAAAUACAAUGCAUCUAACUUCUCUUUCUUCUGAUUAUGAAAGAAAUAAAAACAAAAAAAGUACUUUAUUGUAUGACAGUACCUCAAAAACAAAUCUAACUAUUAAUAGUGAUAGUUAUAAUAAUAUGCUUCAUUAUAAAAUUAAAUACAAUUGCAAUAGUAACAAUGAUGAUAAUGAUGAUAAUAAUGAUAAUAACAUGAAGAAAAAGAGGAAAAAGAAAAAGAAAAAUUCUGAGAUAGGACUCAUAAAUAAUACAAAAAGAGAAUACUAUCCUCCCAGUGAUAAAAAUGAUACAACAAUAUCUGGUGACUCUUCUUUAUUUUUAUUUAAUCAAAAUUCAAAAAGUAAAAUUUCGUUUAACAAUUUGAUAGAAAGUAUGGAUGAUUUAUCUGGGGAUUCUACUCCUGUUUUAAAACAUAACAUUGUUUGUAAUUUUAAAGCACGAUAA